UCCUAUAGUAAAACUUCAUUCAACAUAGUUAAAUACUUAUUUUUAUUUUUUUUUUUUUUUUUUUUUUUUAUCUGUUUUAUUAGUGCAUGACUUUUUAAGUGUUAAAGUUGUUUGAAAGAAUUUAAAAAGUUAUUAUUUAUACAUUAAUGUUUCGAAAAUGAGCAGCGGAAUAAAUUCAUUUAGGAUAAAAUUAGAUAAAUUAACUGGUAAUUACCAUCCUGGAGAAAAAAUUACUGGAGAAGUUAUUAUUGACUUGUAUAAAGAAAAAAUAGUUAAAGCCCUUAAAUUGCUAAUUAAAGGAGAAUGUGAUAUUACAUGGACGGAAGUUAAUAAUCAGGAUAAUUCAUUCGCAGCCAAAGAAAAAUAUAUUGAAAGUUUCAUUAUCCUUCGGAGAUCGGAAAAUCACGACAGAGUUAAAAUCAACGAAGGGCACAAUGUAUUUCCGUUUGACUUUACUUUACCUUACAAUAUUCCGAGCACCUUCAAGCAUGAUUGUGCUGAAAUAAAAUACAAUCUUAUUGCAAUAAUGGAAAGACCUUGGAAAUUCAAUCAUGAAGUUGAAAAAUCAUUCCGAGUUGAAGGAUUAUUACCAAUAACCGAGACUUAUUUGUUAGGAAUCGACGAAACUGAUUUGGAAAAUUUCUCAUGCUGGAUACCUUGCUUUAAUAAAGGACAUAUGAGAUAUCGUAUUCGACUACCUGCUACUGGAUUUGCUUGUGGUGAACGUAUCCCAUUUAUGAUAAAUAUCGACAAUAAAUUAUCGUCUGUUAAUAUAACAUCAAUAUCGUUACUUUUAAUUCAGAAACUCAAAUUCACAAAUCGAGAACCGUUCAAUAAUAUUAAAACUCAAACAAAUAUUAUACAACGAGUUACGAAACGAGGACCAUUCCAAAAAAUAAGUGCUUCGUUGUUAGAAAUGGAUGUUCAAAAGUUACCUUUAUCACACUGCCAAUUUUGCAAUUAUAUUGAUGUAAAAUACCUGCUUCAUGCCAUCAUUACUGUAUCUGGAUGUCGCAGAGCGAUUCAAAAGACAUAUGAAAUAGUUAUUGGGACGAAAGAUUUACCAGAUACACCAGUUUCUACGAGAGAAAUUUUAAAUAGCAACUGUGCGACCGCUCCUUUAGAAUUACCUUCCACUCUAUCAACUGAGUUAACUACUGUAGGUAUUCAAUUGGCUCGAGAGAUCGGAUUUGAUUACUCUGCUGAACCUAAUACUGAAGAUCCUCCUCCGUCGUAUGAAACAGUAAUGGCUAUAGAUAAUUUAAGAAAAGCGAGUAAAUCUUGAAAAUAUUUUUUAAAAAUAUUUUACU